UAUUCCUGUGAAUUACCAUGUCUUUUUGAGUCAUUUUAUUUAUAAAUCAGUGUACUUUUUCAGGGAGACAAGUUCAUCAAGGUAUAAAUGCAUCACAUCCAUUAUAAAUAAUGGCUUCUAUUAAUGCUGUUGCUGCUCCUGAUUUCCAAGCAAAUGGUUAUUCUAAUAAUAUAAGUCUUAGUGCCAGCAGUCAUUUAAAUCAACAGCCUUCUCAUCAUUCUGAACUUGCCAAUUUAAUCAAAAGAAGUGAAGCGCAGUCAACCAAAUACCUACACAUUCUACAAAAGGAGAGAGAAGAGAAUAUUCAAGAAAUUCAAACUGCUUAUGGUUGUUAUAAACAAUUUAGUCAAGAAUUUGAUUUAUCUCAAGAAGAGCUCAAGGAAACCAUUCAAGGACUACUUAGAGCUGAAGCUGCACAUCAGAAGCAGCUAGAUGCUUCAAGGACAGCGCAAGACAGACUUGAUACUGCUAGCCUUAAGGCUGAGAUUGAAAAAUUUGAGAAAAUUAAGGAUGCUUGCAAUGCUGACACACGGAAGAUAGAGGAGCAGAUCAUGGAACAGCAGCGUGUCUUGGCCAGCAUUGCUGAGCGCUGCAAGCAGCUGUCUUCAAACAAAUCUUCAAUCUUACCCAAAAUAAAGAAGAAGAUAAACCUGUACACUCGACUCACUCAUAUUACGUGGAAGUAUAAUUCUCCAGAAAAUGAAGUUUGUGGCUUUGUCGCGAGGCCCGAACGGAAGGAGACUAUUCCUUUCAAGCUGAACACCCAGAGCAACUCCGAGUUCUUCAUAUCCAACUUCUUGUGGGACCAACUCACUCUUGAUUCAACGGACUUCGACUGAUGGUCAUCUCACGCUACAUUCAACGGACUUCGACUGAUGG